AAUUCUAGAUCGGUAUUAAUUAAUACACUGGUAACAGUGAAGAGUUUCGCAUCUAGCUAAUCAUUAUUCUCUCAUCACUAUGUUCAAGUUGGAAAAUAUGUGAAGGUUAGGUAUUUUAUCACAUUGCGGAUAAAACCGACAUCAAAAGAUUAGAAGAAUUACCAAAAAAAUAUUAUAGUACAAAAUGAAUUCUCUAAUUCAUACAAAAAGAAUAGUAUCUGGUCGCAGGACAGCAAUUCGCCAAUAUUGCUGCUUUAAAUUAUGGUCUAACACCAAUUCAAUAAAUGGUAACUUAGCUUUUAUUUAUGUGGGUAGAAGAGAUUCCAGAAGUAAUAGAUUGUUAUUGCAAUCAACGAUAACAGAGAACUGCAAUAAUAGUAAUUUACCAUAUGUACAAUACCGUACAUUUUUUAUUACUCCAACAUGGCAUGGUCAAGAAUCAUCUUCUAAAGUAGAAGAUACUAUAAAGAACAUCAAAGAACAAAAAGAACUCAAAACUAAAGCCCAAGACUCUGUUGUUCAGAGUGCAUCAAAAGCUGUAGAGAAAUCAGAAAAGCUGUCUAUAUGGCAAAAAGUAAAAGGAGAAAUCAUACAUUAUUAUCAUGGAUUUAGGUUGUUGGGUCUUGAUAUGAAAAUUUCAUCAAAGUUGAUAUGGAGAAUUUUGAAGGGUAAAGAACUCAGUAGAAGAGAACAUAGACUUCUUAUAAAAACAACAGGAGAUGUAUUCAGACUUAUUCCUUUCUCUGUUUUUAUUAUCGUACCCUUCAUGGAAUUCUUGCUUCCAAUUGUUAUUAAAAUUUUUCCUGGAUUAUUACCAUCUACUUUCCAAACAGCAACGGAGAAGGAGGAUAAAUUAAAACAAGCACUAAAGAUAAAAAUUGAAAUGGCAAAGUUUUUGCAAAAAACAUUGGAUGAUAUGGCAGUGCAGUCAUCUGACUAUAAAUCGAAAAAAGCUAAAGAAUUUGCCGAAUUUUUUUAUAAAGUACGAUCGUCUGGUGCUGUAGCCACUAAUGAAGAAAUCAUGCAAUUUAGUAAACUUUUCGAAGAUGAGAUUACAUUAGAUUCUCUCACUCGACCGCAGAUAGUGGCAUUGUGUAGAGUACUAGAUGUACAAACUCUUGGAACCUCGAACUUUUUAAAAUUUUUACUUAGAAUGAGACUUAGAAGUCUCACUGCAGACGAUAAACUAAUUGAAAAAGAAGGCAUAGAUUCACUUACUAGAAGUGAAUUACAACAAGCUUGUAGAGCCCGCGGAAUGCGAGCGUAUGGAUUACCAGAUAGCAAAUUAAAGGAACAAUUGUCUCAAUGGUUGGAUUUAAGUUUAAAUAAAAAAGUACCACCUUCAUUGUUACUCCUUUCACGAGCGCUUAUGGUCCCUGAAACGAUACCUAUGUCAGACAAAUUAAAGGCUACUAUUUCUGCCCUUCCUGAUGCUGUUGUUGCACGAACUCAAGGUGCAAUAGGAGAAAAAGAGGGUAAAAUGGAUCACAAAACGAAUAUUGAAAUUAUUAAGAUGGAAGAACGUAAAAUCGAAGAAGAACGACAAGAGAAAGAACCGCAAACCGUUUCUUUCCAAACUCAUAAGACAGAUGAAAUUACGAAUUCAGAUGUAAAAGUGUUAGAACAAGCUUUAGAUUCUCUAGGAAAGGGUAAGGAAAUGUCUGUUGAAAAAGAAGAGUUGAAAGAAUUAAAGGAAGAAAUGGCCGAGUAUCAAGAAGAUCUUAAAGAACUUGAUGAAAUAAAAGCAGCUGCUAAAGGUCAAGAAGAUAUAGACAAUAUUAAAGUAUCCAAAGGUGCAACGCGUUUGUAUAAUAAAGUAAAUAAGAUGAUUAAGAAGAUGGACGCGGUUUUGACACAACUUGAAUCUGAAAAACAAAUGAAAGAAUUACAAAGGAAGACUAUUGUAGAUAAAGAGGCAACAAUUUCAAAAACUGCCGAGGAAUUAGUUAAGAUAGAUGAAUUAAUUUCAGUAAUUAAAAAAAUUCAAAAUGUACCUGAUGAACAUCGAUUACAACGCAUAAGCGAAAUUUUAGCAAAAAUUGAUGACGAUAGAGAUGGAGCUAUAAAAAUUGAAGAUGUUUUAAAGGUAUUAGAGUUAAUUGGCAAAGAAGAUAUUAAGUUAAGUAAUAAGCAAGUAGAUGAAUUGCUUGAAUUGCUUAAUAAAGAAGAAAUCUUAGAAGAAAAAGAACAGAGCGAGAAAUUGACAGAAAAAGAAGCAAGUGAACUUAAAGAUGGAAAUUGUACUGAGACAAAAUAUGUUUCACCUAAAUCACCAGUUCCUGCUACACCGGUAACGACUGAAAAGAGUUUCGGUAAAGAAGAAUUAGAAGAAGCUAUCGAAGAAUCGAAUAAAAAUUUUGCUACACAUUCAUCUGAAGAAGAAAAAGAAAAGUCAACUGCAGUUCUUAAGAGUAAUUCCAAUGACCCAGUCAGAAAUCCUCCAUUGACUCCUGGUGUUCCACCGCCUACAAAAAAUGCGGAAGGCUCUAAGCAGCUAUAAUUAUCGCACAAUUGAGUAUGACUAAUGUAUGUAAUUAUGAAUACAAUCUUUUUACUGGGUACUAAUUUAGAAGGCUAUUAUUCUCUAGAGUAUAUUUCUACCUCCAGAUUUGAUAUUAUUAUGGAUUUCUUUUUUUACAAAAAAAUUUACAUAGUAGAAAAAGUUUGCAAAAGAAACAAUUGUAAUAGUUUCAUAUGUGUAGUACGCACUUUAUGGUAAAUAUUAUUAUGUCUCAUGUAUAAUAUUUGAUUAAGGAUAAACAUAUAAUUUUUAUAUUUAUGAAACUAAAGCAGAUUUUGAAUUCUGAAGACUGUGAUGCAUUUAGUGGCAUCAAUAUAUUAUUUGCUCUAUGUGUUGGACACAGAAAACAAUAUUUUUCACAUAAAUUUUUAAUUAAUGUAAAGUAUGCUUUUUAAAAUUGUAUGUGACAAUAUUAAUGUUACUAAUAUCAAUGAUUAGUGAAAUAUAACAGAAAUAUACAGUUUUUAUUUCAAUGAAAUCUAAUUCCUAAUAAUAUUGUAAUACCAUAAAGGAAUCAUUCCAUCUGUUCAAAUAUUGAUUAUUAUUACAGAAUUAUAUAGAUUAUAGGUUCUGUUUCGUUGUACAAUAGAAAUACGCCUCUUUAAUCGGUAUUAAAACAUGUAUAUGUAUAAAUAGAAUAAUUAAUUACUAAGUACACAACAGAGAAAACUAGCGAUUACGUGUAUGUACUGAUUACAUAAGAUUAUGUAAUAAAGUGUAAAAUAUUUUAAUAAUAAGUACUGUUCAUUAUAUGGAAAAUUGUAUAUUUUAAAAUUAAAUACUUAUUAAAUGUUAAUCACGAUUGAAAGUAAAUAAAAUAUUAUCUUUAUUGGAAAUAAACUUGUGAAACAGUA